AUGAGUGAAUUUUUUUAAAAAAUUACCAAUUUUUGUAGAGGUAAGGAAACAAAAGAAAAUGAUUCAUACAAUGAAGAUUAGAAAUAAGAUUAGGAAAUAUAAAAACAAACACAAAUUUAAAUUUAAAUUGAUGAUAAAUUCAUUUAAUCAAAUAAUUCUCUAUCCAAUUCUGAACUAUUAUAAAGUACAAAUUUUAAUGCUUAAGAGAAUUAAAAUAUGAAAAAUCCUCAACCUUAAAGGUAUUUGAAUCACCUUGUAUACAUAGCCCUAAAAUUUAAAAUUAAUAGAAAUAGCUUUUUAACUAAAAUUAAAGUGAGAAUUAGAAUUUAGAAAAUUUGUUCUAUUCUGUAUAAAUCCAAUAGAAACCUCAAAAUUUUACACCCAACUCACAAUCAAAUAUUAUCAAGAAUCAAAGCUUUUUGGAGUAAAAAAAUCAAAAUUUAAAUUAUAUGGAAAGUCAAAUAAAUUAUUAAUAUCCUUAAAAUAGGAUUUAAUAAAGUACUAUUACAUUAUCUCCUAAUAAAUGUAACUAAUAAACCUAAAUUAAUAAAUCACUUGAUUAUUAAUCAUCUUACAUAUCAAAUAUAUCAAAUUAACAAUUUAAUAAUAAAUAUAUUAACUUAUAGCCUUAUUAUCAAGAAACUUCUAAUAAAUAGCACUAGAAUUAAAACAUUAUAGAUGAAGAAAGUAAUAAUAAAAGUUUUAUUUUUUAAAAAUUUGAUUAACAUAAUAAUUACUAACCUAAUAAUAAUUUUUAAAAUAAUUUUAAUUAAAAUAGUCAAUUAAAAUAAAGUAAUUAAAUUUUCGAUUCUUUUAAUUCUUCAUAAGUUUUAACUGAAUAUUAGAGUUGUUAAGAUGAUUUAUAAUCAAAAACAUAAACUUAAUAAGUUAAAUGUAUAUAUUGUAAAAAGGAAAUAAAUAUAUAAUAUUUUUUAUUAAAAUGUUAGCAUUUUUAUUGCUAAGAUUGUUUGAAAGAAAUUUUAAAAAAUUAAUCAAAAAGAGAUGAUUGUUAUGUUUAUCGAUGUAUUUGUUUAAAAGAAAUCAAAUUAUAAUUAUUAUUUGAAAAGAAAGAUAGAUAAGUUUAAACUUUAAAAGAGAAAAUGCUAAUAAAUUAGAUAAAUACACUUAGAGUUAAUUUAGAAUAAAAAUAUUAAUUGAAAUAGUGUCGUAAUAAACAUUGUUCAUUUUUUACAAUAAUUCAAAAAGAUUUAGAUUAAAAAUAUUUUUAUUGUCCAUAAUGUUUAGAUAAAUAAAGUGAUAAUUCUUAAAAUAAAUGA